AUGGCCACCACCUGCAAGACCCCCGUCUCGCCGGCUGCCGCUGUUCUCCUGUUUCUUAUCGCAGCCGCUGCCCUUGCCCCGGCAUCAGCCAGCAGAAUAACGACUUACGCGGUGCCCGGCUGCAAGGGGAGAAGCUUGACUUGGAGAUGUGGUGCAUGCCACAACUUCGGCAUCUACAAUAAAGGCUACUUCUUCGACUACACUGGGGGCCAGAUCGCCCUGUUCUACUACAGCACGGGCUGCCAAGGCCGCUACGAAACCCUCGCCAGGGACACCAUCCGUUGCUAUCUCCGCCUAUAUAAAAGCAUCCGCCUAAUAUGCUAGCCGUGAGCUGUCUACCGAACUGGCUUCCAGUUAGUGCCCUGAUCGUGUAGUAACGGGCCCUCAUAAAAAAAUCCUACGAAAUAAAGGAGCUCGGGAGCCUUCUAGUGCUGAAUAUGCGUACUUUUUGUCAUCACGAAAUUACCAGGUGUUACGCGACAUCCAAAGCUCUGGCAUCCUCGGUACAAGGAAUCCCUCUUCUUGCAUUCUAACAUCAAACACGCACGCACACAUAAAGAGAUAUAGAAAUUUGUCUGGAUAUAAAUUCCACUUGAACCUUUCACUGUUCAUUAAGUUCAUCAGACCAACCUGACCUCGACGGAAUUUAGCCUGAACUCUACUGGUUUCGUCAAUCCAAGUGGCAUGAAGUUACUAGUAAAGAGCUAUCAAGUAUGGCUAUAGCUUUUACUCGUGGAUGUAACAAGGAUAAUAAAGAGAACUUGCUACCAAAGUUGCAUCGUUUAAUGCUUCAUUUCAGCGUAAUACCUUUGGAAACAUGACCCUUUUAACACACUAGAAUCGAACUCACUUUUAUAUUACAGAUCCAUGCCUUUCAAUAGAAUAGUCGAACUCACUUUUUCAUUGUAUAACCACGCCAUUUCAGUCUUAAAUACACCGAAAUAGGAAAGCUGGGAAUAAUGGGAGAAAGAUGGAGAGGGUUCAGGAUUUUACCCUACCACUUUUCACUCAUAACAGUUUUCUGGAGAAGUUGAUAAGGCGGGGAACUCAAGAUCCACACAGCAAAAGAAACAAACGAAUAAAGGGAGAUUUUAUUAGUAAGCAAGCAGUUUUCUGUUUUACUUCAUGGAGAAUAAAUUAAAAAGGUACAUUUAUGUAUAUUUGAAACCAAUUUGGAGAUGAGUAAGCAAACACAGCACGUUAUUUUGUAUGAUAGUCAGCUUCUAUAGCAUUACGACUCAAGAUGGCAUAAGAACUUUAGUUACGUAAACAUGUGGAUUAUUCCGAUCUCUAUAUUUCUUCUCACGCUACCUGUAGUUUUUGAUAGAAUUGUGGGAGAGCUAAAUUUAAUUAGAACCUCCAAUCUUGCAUCAUUCUGGGAUACUAUACAACCAAAGGCCAUGUUGGAGGAUAAAUAAAGAUACAAUUGAGAUUUACUGUUACAUCAAGUUAUAUUUACGUCAUUUCACCGGAGGUUUUGAACUUUGAAAAGAGAUACGAAGGUAUCUACAGCAUAAAGUGGAUAACUGCAAUGAAAAAAUGUUCCGAGGAGCCCAUUAGCAGAAAAUCUGAGGACAGCCCACGAAUAAGGUUCAUUGCGUUGAAUGUUCUGGUUCCCGUUGAUCAACCAUGAAGGAUUUCUUCCCCGCCGUUAAAGACGUUCUUGUAGGAAUUAUGCCCACUAAAGUCGUAAGGAGCAUAAGAUCUUAGCGUUACCGGUAUAAUACAGAUGGUAUCUGCUGAGUCGGUCGCGACUCCGCGGUAGAAUAGAAAACUCAACUCUUCAGGAAUGCGAAUAUCAGCAUAGUACGACGUAGGUGUAACUGACAGUGGUAGACGUGGAAAGCAUUUUGCCGCUCGUGUCCCAGUCGUUUCACGGAAGUUGCCACUCGAGAAUAAUGUCACGGAAUCAAUGCCGAACUCUGUUCGAUUCUCGCCCCAAACCGGCCUUGAUUGCCAUAAAGGCGCCAAGCAGCCUGUUCACGCCGCGGAAGACUGUUCUUCGCCAACGGGUACUGCUAUUCUCUCCCGUGGAAGGCCCCGCUUCGCCUCUCCACGCUCGAAUCCCCUCUUCAUUUAGAUGGGAAAGCCCUCCCAGCGCUUCCCCCUUUAUUAGCCGAUCCGAAGAGCUCGGGAGGGCACUUGCCAGCUGCCUAUCGUUUUGAUGGUGCUGACGAUAUUACAGAAGGAAAUCGCGAGGUACUUCGAAUAUGGCAUGAUUUGAGCCAGUUAGAGCGUUAUAAUGAAGUCAAUAACCCUUUAAUACGGGUUGUUGCACCGGCAGAUACGGACGUGAAUAUUUUCCGCUCUAGGCUUGUUCAAAAUAGAAACCAGACACUAGGAUGAAAGUAGCCAACUGGAGAAGACGGCACCGCCACCAUAGUGACACCAAAAUCGAAUUGGAUUACUUCAAAAAGAUUACAAGCGGCACAAGCGGAUGUGAGGACUGGAAGGUAAUAAUGAACGACUUUCCACGAGCAGCGUGACAAAACUUCUGAUACUUGGCUCCGUAUCUUCUGGAUGAUGGGAGUGGAGGAAAAUAUCAGCGAGAAAAAGAUAGAUAUAGCGACCUACAGACGUCAAAUCAGACUAACGAGUGCCCUACUAUUCACGUCUAUCCCUGAUGCCAAAAUCCGUGGACACUUGCCACGACGCCCGUACUACAAAUAUCAAGGAUCGCGCCUGAGGGACAGCAGUGAUGGUGUUAAGCCCAGUCAAAUAAAGUGCGCGUAAAGAUCGCCAGAAACGGAGACGCUCAGACCGAUUCUCUGGCGACGACUGUUUCAAGUUCUUUACCGUUUUUCUUUACGUAUUUAUUUUGUUUUAAUCCUGACCGUCUAUCUCAGUCAAGUUAUAUGACUGAAAUAAGAGCUACGUGGGAACAUGGGUCCCACGAAUUGUAACUGCCUUAACCGACCGUUACAUUUCUCUCUUCUAUAAAAUGUAACCUUUGUGUUCGAUGAAAAGAACAAGGAGAAAGGCUGCUUUGUUUUCGUUGAAAACAUCCGUGCUUUGAUCCUUCCUCAUUCUCUCUCCAGAUCCUGUGAUCCUAACAUUUGGUAUCAGAGCUGUGUUGCAGAGAGAAGACGAAAUGCCGCGCCGAGGAGAUGCUACAGAAAGUGAGAGCUUGCUCGCCACGAGUCGAGCCACGAAAGGUCCUGGAGACGCCGGUUAUCCUGGUACUUUUCCAAUCUUUAACAAGACUAAUUACCCGUUGUGGGCAAUGCGUAUGCAACUCUGUUUGGAAGCUCAUAGCUUGUGGGAUGCUAUUGAGUCUAAUUUGGUGGCAAGGAAGAAGGACCGGCACAUUCAAACUCAGCUCGACAUCACCAAGACGGCGAAAGAAACUUGGGAACUUCUCAAGUCCACGCACGUAGGAGUAGCUCGCCUCAUGAAAACGAGACUUCAAUCUCUCCGGCGUGAAUUCGAGAUGCUGCAAAUGGGAGAUGAAGAGAACAUGACAGAUUUCUCUGGGAAAUUGUCUUGUCUUGUCACUCAGAUCAGAAAUCUGGGUGAAAAAGUGGAAGAAGGCACAGUGGGAGCAAAGCUUCUCAGAGCAACUCCUGCAAAAUUUGAUCCACUCACAACAUCUCUUGAGCAAUUUAGAGAUAUCGACACAAUGCCUUUUGAAGAAGCUGUGGGAUCUCUUAAGAUCUAUGAAGAGAAACUCCAAAAUCGGCAAGAGCGAAAAGAACAAGUUCUUUUAACUCACAGAACUGAGAAAACAAAGGGUGGAAAUCCUUGUGGUGGAGGACAUGGCCAAGGUCGGGGGCGUGGCCGAGGAAGAGGAUGAAGCAAUGGGAGAGGCUCGGAUAAAAGCUAGAAGCCUUGUGACAAAUCCACAGUGAAAUGCUUCAACUGUGAUAAAAUGGGGCAUUAUGCCUCUAUAUGCAAUGUAGAGAAAAAGGAAGAAAAAGCUCACCUCGCAAAGACUGAAAAGAGACUGAGUCAAUGCUUCUAAUGGCUACAAUUGAAGAAGUCAUGUUAUAAGGCACAAUGGAAGCUCAGAUUGAAGAAGGAAUGUGGUACUUAGACACAGGUGACAGAAAUCAUUUGACUAGAAAUCAAAACUUGUUUGGUGAACUCACUGAAUCACCUAGUGGAGGGGUGAAAUUCGGCGACGGUUCAAACAUUGACAUCUCAAGCAGAGGCAGCAUUCUAGUGAGUUGUCAAGAUGAAAGUAAGUUGACUCUCAGUAAUGUCCUUUACGUUUCAAGGCUUAAGACCCACAUACUCAGUCUCGGCCGAUAAAGAUGAUCAAGGAUUUAAAUUUCAGAUGGAAUCCGGCUAUCUCACUAUCCACAAUCAACAUAGAAGACUUCUAGCACGAGUAAAGAAAUCACACGGAAGACUUUACCCACUGAAGUAGACAAUUGAAGAAUAUUGUCUCGUUUCAAAAGAAGCCAAAGAGAUGGAAUGGAUUUGGCACUGGAGGUAUGGCCACCUGUACUUCAACUCACUGAAGUUUCUCCCCAAUAUUGUAUAAGGGAUGCCUCCACUUCAUAUACCCAAGCGCAUAUCCCGAGACUGUGUAGCAGGUAAACAUCAUAGAUAACCAUUUCCCUCUGUUUCGUUGUUCAGGGCCAGCAGUCCACUAGAGCUGAUUCAUGGAGAUCUUUGUGACUCAAUAACGCCAAUUACUUAUGGAGGAAAUCGAUUUUUCUUCCUGGUUAUAGGUGAUUAUUCUUGACUAAUGUGGGUUGCAAUUUUGAAGCAGAAACGUGAAGCUUUUCAAGCAUUUGUGAGGUUCAAAACCAUGGCCGAGACAGAGAAGAAAGUGAAGAUUGGUACUUUCUGAACUGACAAAGGAUGUGAAUUUAAUUCUAUGGAAUUUAUUUCUUUCUGCUCUCAACAUGGGAUCAAACGUCAUCUCACAGCUCCCUACUCUCCUUAGCAAAACGGGAUUGUUGAGAGAGAAUAAAACGAUUAUGGAAAUAGUUCGAAGUAUGAUGAAAAGUAAGAAUUUGCCAUCUAAACUAUGGGGAGAAGCCGUCAACACAAGCAUUUACAUCUUGAAUCAUUCACCUACAAAGAGCCUAAAUGAAGCCACACCAUACAAAGUUUGGACUAGAUCUAAACCGAAUGUUGCUCAUCUUAGAAUGUUUGAGUCAUUGGCUCAUGUGAAGAUACUUGGUCAACACCUGACAACGCUACAAGAUAGAAGCAAACCUAUAAUUUUCAUAGGAUAUGACGUGGGAACUAAAGCAUAUAGAUGUUUCGAUCCUCAAGAAUAGAAGGUUCACAUCAGUCGAAAUGUGAUUUUCACAGAACAUAGCCAAUGGGAGUGGAAUACUUCAAAGCAAUCUAGUAAAGGUACACUCUACUUACCCACCUUUGUUGACUCCAUUGAUACAGGAGAAUAUUCCAUUGACCAAGUCACCUCUGCACCAAUACUCGACGACUUCCUUAAUCAAGCACAAUAUAUGUCUUCAUCUUCUGAGGAAGCUUAUCCUAGAAGAUUUAGAGACAUAACUCAAGUCUAUAGAGAUACAGAGGAGUGUAACUUAAUGUUCGAGGAACCUUCCUUUUAUCAAGAAGCAGCGUCACAAAGAAUUUGGAGAAAAGCCAUGGAAGAGGAAAUUGAAGCAAUCGUCAAGAACCACACAUGGAUUCUCACCCCAUCCACUGAGGAUUGCAAACCUAUUGGUCUUAAAUAGAUAUUUAAGAUAAAAAAUAACUCACAAGAAGAGGUAAUUCGUCACAAAGCCAGGCAGGUUGCUAAAGGCUAUGUUCAAAAAUUGGACAUUGACUAUGAGGAAGUCUUUGCCCUGGUAGCAAGAAUGGAGACAAUUAGAGUGAUAAUUGCUCUUGUGGCCCAAAAUGGAUGAGACUUCAUCAUCUAGAUGUCAAGUCAGCAGUUCUAAAUGAAUAACUUGAAGAAGAGGUCUUUGUCAAACAGCUAGAAGAAUUAUGUUCUGAAAUUAAAAAAGACUCUUUAUGGAUUAAAGCAGGCACCUCGAGCAUGGUAUACGAAGCUAGAUAAAUGUCUCACCUCACUUGACUUUAUAAGAUGCUCUAAAGAACAUGCAAUGUACACAAAAUUCUCUGUUAAAGCUCACUUGAUAAUCAGGGUGUAUGUGAAUGAUCUCAUAGUCACCGGAACCAUUGAAGAAUACACUUUAUAUUUCAAACAAACAAUGAUGAAGUAAUUCGAGAUGAGUGAUCUGGCUCUACUCACCUCAUAUCUAGGAAUUGAAGUGGAACAAGCUAGACAUAUGAUCAGACUGAAACAAAAGAACUAUGUUCUACGGUUACUUGAACAGAGUGGAAUGCAAGAAUGUAAGUCUGUCUCCACACCACUAGAAGCACGAUUCAAGUGCAGUGAAGGAAGAAAGAGUCAAUUAGUUGACUCAAUAAAAUUCAAGAGCAUAAUCAAGAGCUUGAGGUACUUAAUUCAUACUCGGCUUGAGCUUGAGUUAUCUCAGUAGGUACAUGGAAGCACCUACGAUAGAGCACUUGGCAGUCUGGAAAUAAAUUCUCCGGUAUGUUAAAGGCACUAUUAAUCUCGGAGUGUUAUUUAAGAAGGAAAAUAACUUCAUUGUAUCAGGAUAUAGUGAUAGUGAUCACAUGGGUGACUCAACUAACCGUAAAAGUAAAACUAGGGUACUAUUCUUCCUAGGAUCAAAUCCAAUAAAUUGGACUUCACAAAAGCAGAAAAUUAUUGCUAUCUCCUCAUGUGAAGCCGAAUAUGUGACAGCUACUGCAGCAGCAUGCCAGGGAAUUUGGUUGUCGAGACCCAUCGGCGAAUUGAUGAUGGUAAAACUAGCUCGAGUCGAAUUAUUCAUUGACAAUAAAUCAGCGAUUGCAUUGUCAAAUAAUCCAGUUUACCACAGCAGAUCGAAACACAAUGAUACACGGUAUCAUUUCAUUCAAUCCUGCCUCCAAAACAAACUGAUUGAAGUGGCACACAUCAGCACCACUGAUUAGUUAGUUGACAUACUCACGAAGGCAUUGAGAAAAGCUGGAUUUGACAAACUUUGCCAGAAAUUGAGCAUGUUUGAAGAUAGCGGGAAUACUGGGCUUAGAGGGAAGAUUGAUGGUGUUAAGAGUAGUCAAAUAAAGUGAGCGUAAAGAUCGCCGGAAAUGGAGAUUCUCUGACCGAUUCUCCAACAACAAUUGUUUCAAGAUCUUUACCAUUUUUCUUCAAAUAUUUAUUUGUUUUAAUCCUGACCGUCCAUCUCAGUCAAGUUAUAAUGGCUGAGAUAAGAGCUACGUGGGAACGUGGAUCCCACAAUGUGUAACUGCCUUAACCGACUGCUACAUUUCUCUCUUCUAUAAAAUGUAACCUUUGUGUUCGAUGAAAAGAACAAGGAGAGAGGUUGCUCUGUUUUCUUUGAAAACAUCCGUGCUUUGAUCCUUCCUCAUUUUCUCUCCAGAUCCUGUGAUCCCAACAAGCAGCUCAUCACCACUCGACGAGCAACCCCCAUUUACGUGCCCCAAUCCUCAGAUUCUAGAGUCCGGCUGUGGCCUCCAUGAAGGAUAUGGCCACCGCCAAGAAGACCCCGGUUGCCGCGGCAGCUGCCGUUGUCCUGUUGCUUAUUGCAGCCGCCGCCGUUGGCCAGGCAUGAUUCGGCAGCCCAACGAUUUAUCGGGCCAUGCGCUGCAGGGGUACCCUUUCCUGGGUCAUGUGGUGCGUGCAACAACUACAAAGGCUCCUAUUUCGACUACUAUGGGGGCCAGGUCGCCAGGUUCUACUACGGCUUCAACUGCCAAGGCCCCUACAUCACCGUCGCCAGGGACGCCAGCCGUUGCGUCUCCCCCUACCCAUACAAAAGCAUCCGCAUGCCAUGCCUUCCGUGAGGUGUAUACUGAACUUGCUUCCAGUUAGUGAUGUGAUCGUUUACUAACAUGCCCCCAUAAAUAGAUCAUAUGCAAUAAAGGAGCACGGCAGCCUUCUAGUGCUGAAUAAACGUACUUUAUGUCCUCACGAAAUCACUAGGUUUUAAAACGGCGUCCAAAGCUUUGACAUCUUCGGGAGAUGAAAUCACUCUUUCUUCCGAGUGGCACGCGGCUACAAGUUAAGAGCUAUUAGUUAAAGUAUAGCUUCUAGUUGUAGACAAAACAAGGAUAAUAAAGCGGAUUUAUUACCAAAGUCGCAUCGUUCAUUAUUUCAUUCCAGCGUAAUAAUGCUUCCGCAGCAUGCCCCUAGAAUCGAACUCAAUUUUAUAUUGUAGAACCACGCCUUUUCAUCGUUAAAUGCACCGAAAUAAGAAAUUUGGGAAGAAUAUGCGAAAGAUGGAGAGGGUUCAGGAUUUUACCUUACCACCUUUCGUUGAGAAGAGUUUUCUGGAGAAGUUGAUGAGGCGGGGAAUUUAAGAUCCACAAAGCAAAAGAAACAAACGAAUAAAGGGGGAUUUUGUUAUUAAGCACUCUCUGGCUUAGUGACAAUUUAAGCCACAAGCUGGUGCUGUUUAGCAUCUUCUUCCAGCCAGAACUUUUCGUACUGGUUCGAGUCCAUCAAGGAGUUCAGUUCAUCUUCUUCCGCCAGUUCAUACGGGCUAUUACUAACCUAA